CUGCGCCGCAGACUGGAAAACAGGCUGUCCCUCGGUUCCGCGCGCCUCACCUUGGCGCGGCCCGGCCCGGCCCGGCCCUGCCCCACUCCCUCCCAUCCUAUCCCAUCCACUGCCAGCAGUCCAGGUGCAGCUGCCUAAGCCCAGAGUUCGGCGCAGCGCCCUGGGUGUGGGCCCUGCAGCCCAGUAGCCCGAGUCCAAGCCCGAGCCCCAGCGGCUCCUUCCCUUCUUCCUUCGGAGCCCCAGUCGAGCCGCCAAGACGCCGCGCGCGGUGCUCCGGGUCAAAAAUGGGGCGGCUAAGCUGGCCAAGCCGCCGGCGGCCGAGGCGCCCGGGGCCGGUCCUCCUGGGCUCUACAUGGAGCGCUCUCAGAGCCGCCUCAGCCUGUCCGCCUCCUUCGAGGCGCUCGCCAUCUACUUCCCCUGCAUGAACUCCUUCGACGAAGAGGACGCUGAUGGAGAUGGCCGGAGACUAAAAGGAGCCAUCCAACGAAGCACAGAGACUGGCCUGGCCGUGGAGAUGCCCAGUCGGACCUUGCGUCAAGCCAGCCAUGAAUCCAUUGAGGACAGCAUGAACAGCUAUGGCUCCGAGGGCAAUCUUACCUAUGGAGGUGUGUGCCUCGCAUCUGACGCUCAGUUCAGUGACUUCCUGGGCAGCAUGGGGCCUGCACAAUUUGUGGGACGUCAGACUUUAGCCACCACAUCCAUGGGAGACGUGGAGAUCGGGUUACAGGAGAGGAAUGGACAGCUUGAAGUGGACAUCAUCCAAGCCCGAGGUCUAACAGCCAAGCCAGGCUCCAAGACCUUGCCAGCGGCCUACAUCAAGGCCUACCUGCUGGAAAAUGGUGUGUGCAUUGCCAAGAAGAAGACCAAAGUAGCUCGGAAGUCUCUGGAUCCCCUGUACAACCAGGUGCUCCUGUUCCCUGAGAGUCCUCAGGGCAAAGUAUUGCAGGUGAUCGUGUGGGGCAAUUAUGGAAGGAUGGAACGCAAGCACUUCAUGGGCGUGGCGAGGGUGCUUCUGGAGGAGCUGGACUUGACCACCCUGGCCGUGGGUUGGUACAAGCUCUUCCCCACAUCAUCCAUGGUGGACCCUGCCACCGGCCCGCUACUGCGCCAGUCCUCUCAGCUGUCCCUGGAGAGCACCGUGGGGCCCUGCGGGGAGCGCUCGUAGUGGCUGAACUUGGGGAGGGGUUGCCCAGGGACUGUGCCUGGAUCUGGAACUCCUGGCGCUUCAGAGGGAAGCAGACAGGGCUCCCUCCCAAGGAGGAGAGACCUACUCUGUGGGCUCCUCCCCAUCCCGUUUGGCCACCUUCCCCAUCCUGAGGCCUUCCCUCUCCUAGAGCAAUUGGCUUUACCUUUGACUCGGUCACAGGUCCCCCAAAUUUGGGAGGGGGCCUAUUAUUCAACCUCUCCCUUUUUUGUGUCCCCCUUGGAGCUAGUUGCCUGGAGCUGUCUCCACUAUCCUAGGCCAGGGGCCUGCCUUCCCCAUAGUGCCGAUCCACCAGCAAGUGUCUUUCUUGUGGCACUUAGCUCCAGUGGCUGUAUACUCUGCCUGCGGCCAGUUUGAGAGGAGCCCGGGGAGUUUCCAAGGAGGAUGGUGGAGCCAGCCAUCAGUCAAGGCCAUCUGCGUCCUGGAGAGGCCCCAGGACAUCAAGGCAGCCUGGAGAGGCUGCCCAUCAGUCGUCAGGGGCUUCACCUCCUCUUGACUAAGUACCUCCUUCUAGGCAUGUGUCCUCCUCGGCUGCCACAAAUUGUUUGCACAGCUCUUUGGAUGUCAGGCCCGACCCAUGAUGACUCAGGAUGCAGAUGGUGCCUCUUUUCUACAAGGAAAAGAUCUCUCACCUGGGAGCUAGGAUGCAAGAGGAGGCAAGGGUCUCAGUCCUGACUUAGCCACUCGUUAGCUCUGUGCAACCCUAACAAAUCGCCUCCCUUCUUCGGAUCUGUUUCCUCCUUUAAAAAUGAGGGGUUUAGACUAGAUGAUCUCAAAGACGUUCCAUUGCAGGAAUCGAGGAUGCCUUUAUUUAGUGCCCACAUGGGGCUGCUGCCGCCUGGCCCCUCACCUCCAGAUUCUGGGGAUGCUUGUCUCAGCAGCUUAGAGGCAGUGGGAGGCAACUGAGACUCUAAGGGAACUCUAUCUCCCCACUCUGCCCGUGGCAGUGGACGGGUAGAGCUGGGCUGAACUUGCUAGAUCUCCUAAGGUCUCUCAGCCUGUGUUGCAACAAGCCUUGCCACUCCCCAAAUGGAACUGAGUGGGCUAAGCCAGGAUGGCAAGGAAGGCAGAAUUAGGAGAAGCUAGAGGCUGAAGUGUGGCCAAGGCAUUCCAUGCCAGCCAUGGACUCCAUGCCAGGGACCUGGGACAAUCUGUUAGAAGAACCCCUCUCUGUCUGAUGCCCUUGGACUCCAUGGGUCAUCUAGUCCAGACUGUUGCCUCUGGGCAGAUGGUAAUCUACCCUCUUCUUUGGGGUCUCUAGGGCCAGAGAACCUCGGUUUUACUUUUUAAAAAACACACACAAAACAACAUCUGAAACAGGUGAACUGAAUGCAAAAGAGUCAUUUUAUGUGGACUCGAGGAAAGCAAAUAGAAUGGAUGGGAGAAAAAGAGAAAGGGUCAAACUUUUGAGGGUUUCCUUCUCUCUCUCUCUCCCUUUCCCUUUUCCCUUCCUUCCCCCUAUCUCCAGCUGCAUGUUGGUUUGGCUCUGUGUCUUGGGCCUCCCAGCUCACUGGCCUGAUCUCUGACCCUAGCCAUGGGGUAAUUUCAGGCAAACUGUUGCAUGCUGGGUAGGAACUCUCUUUAACGAAGCACAUUCCUGCCUCCUUCCGUCUCUUCCCUUCUCUCCCCAGCACCACCUCAGUGCUGAGGCUGGUCCCUCCUCACCUCCCCCAUUCCCAGCAUGGAGGAGUAGUCUAGAGCAGGGCUUUUCCCUAGACCUCUCCUAUUUACAAAGUCCAAGGAGGGGGAACAUAAAAUCCAUCCUAGGUGUGUGUAUGCAUGGAGAGUGGGGACUGAUAGACCAAAUGGGCCUGACAGGGAAGGAUUAGACUGAAUUCUCUGUUUGACCUUCUUUUUUUCUCCCUGAGGGCCCCAGAGGCAGCCGGCCUGUCUUUUCCUCCAGAACUGUGAGGGAUGAAAGGGGUCUGGGAAGGUGUUGAGAAAAUCCAGCUAGUUCCAAGGCCUCUGGGUGUGGCUGCUGGGGCUGGUCCCUUGGGAUUUUUUUGAGGGGGGAUGGGGGUUGCUCUUCGGGCUUCUUCCCCCUCUCCCACCCAGCAAAGAGGCUUUAGCUGGGGGCACAGAAUUACAUAGUAUUCUUCAUUCUUGUUGAUAAUCUUUUUCUGAUUACACAUUUACAGAGCCCUUCUGGGCCACUGGGCUGUGUUUGGGCCCUGGUGUCUGGCCGAGGACAGACCAGUGCACUCAGGACAUGGGUUCCAAACCAAGUUUUUUUUUUUUGGGGGGGGUAGGGUGGAAGGUUCAAGAAAUCCUUUUAAAUUGGACUAGAGGGAAGUAAUGGAGGCAACUCAUCCUAUCGAGCCUCAGUUUCCUCUUCUGUAAAAUGCAGGAGUCAGACUGGAUGGUCUCUAAGUUCCCUGCCACCGAAUCUCAGAUCUUAUGGUUCUCUCUGGUCAGUCAGGUGGGAGUAGGAAGGGAAAGCCAGUCCUAGGCUAGAGGCCUUGGGAAUGAGGUUUGAGUGUAAAGCCCCAUUCUCUCCAUACCAAAGCCAGCAAGCUGGGCUUCCCAAACCCAGUGCUCUAAGGGUUUCUGGCUUCUCCUGGUUCAGCUCUCUAACUAGAUUGAGGGAGGUAAGAGAAGGGAGAGGUAAGAGAAUUUUCCAGUCCUGGGCCUUUAGGGGCAGAGGUGGAAGGGGGCUGUCUAGCCUCAGGCCUUGGGGAAGGGGCUGUCAGCACUUCCUCCUGAGUAACUUCUGGGAUAGGAGUGUUAUUGUAGAUGCCUUCAUAGGAGAGAGGGGCAAGGUCAGGAGAGGGUUGGGUGCAGUAGAAAUCUGAGAUUCUUGUGAAAAAAAGAUUUCUUUCUCAUUUGUUUAUUACUCACUGUUAAUAGCUGAUGCCCUCUCAUCCUGGGCUGGAGGUGGCCCUGGGGUCUUAAAGGUUUUGCUGGAUGACUGGCCCUAGCAGGUAGGGCUUCAAGGCCAGACCAAAGACCUGGGAACAGAAUGCAUCUGUGGUCUCAGGACUAGCCUAGCCAUGGGGAGAAGUUUCAGACAACAGCAAUUCUCAAAGACACAGCUGUAAAGGGAGGCUGUGUGCUGUAGUCCCUGGUGGGAGCAGAAUAAUCAUUGACCCCUGAUACAUUGAAAUAGCAACUAUUGGAACCAGGAGACUUCUCUUGGAACCAUGUGCUCCAUGUACAGAUUGUGGCCAUUUUUUCCAAGGAAGAAAAAAGGCUCUUGGGGCUGCCAGCAGGAAAGGUGUCCUGAGGCUGCCACUGGGCCAAGCCCUUCCCUGGAGCCCCAGAUGUUCUCCCACCCCCAGGCUGAGAAGGGGCAGAAGCAGAGGAGACUUUUGUGAAGGGGAUUCCUAGGGGGUAGCGAGGUGGUCUCCUCGCUUUCCCCUCCAGACCUUGGUGUUGGUGAAGAGGACUUGGCCAAUUUCUCCUCCCUCCUGUCUCCUACAAAGGCCAGUUUUGUGAAAGAGACUGGGUACGAAGCAAUAAUCCAUCCAGAGGUGGGGUGGGGGCCAUGGCCUCAGGACCCCCUCCUCCCGCUGCUUUUCUUGUUCCUUCUGUGAAAUAACUGGCCUCCUGGCGGGGUCUUGAGUCCUUAUCUCCUGUCCCCCCAUUCCCACUAUUAAUGGUCCAUUCCUGUCAGUGUGUCCUGAGUGUGUUCUGUGCUGGGGUGUAUGUAGGGGUGGGGUGGGGUAGUAAACUUUUUGUUAAACUGUAGCUUUGGGAGAGACUCUGUAUGAACUUGGCUCCUACUUGGGACCCAAGGUGGUUCUGGCUGCCACCCACCUGUCAUGUCCUGUCUGUCUAUCCUUCUGAUGCUUGGCAGUAGGAAGAGACUGGUCCCCUAGGGUGGGAUGAACUCUGUCCCCACAAAGCUGGGCACACUUCUCCCAGUUGUCUGGGCCAGGCCCCAAGAGGGGAAUAAAUAGAAUGUGGCUUCUCUACAUUAAAGAGAAUAAUACUAGUAAUAAUAAUAAUAAAUAAUAAUAGUUGACAUUUCUAUAGCACUUUCUAAUUUACAAAAGCGCUUU